AUGGGGUGCUGCCCAGGGGACUGCUUCACCUGCUGCCCUCAAGAACAAGACUGCUGUGAAGUGUGCUGCUGCCAGCCCGCCUGCUGCGGCUGCUGCGGAUCCUGCUGCGGCUGCUGCGGGUCCUGCUGCGGCUGCGGGGGCUCGGGCUGCGGGGGCUCGGGCUGCGGAGGCUGCGGGAACGGCUGCUGCGGGGGCGGCUGCUGCGGAGGCGGCUGCGGGGGCUGCGGGGGCUGCGGGUCCAGCUGCUGCGGGUCCAGCUGCUGCGGUUCCUCCGGAUGCUGCGGCCCGGUCUGCUGCCAGCCCACGCCUGUUUGCGACACGAAGUGA